CGGCGGGGAGGCGGCUCCGAGGCCCCGCGAGCGAUGGCGCUGAGUCCGGCCGCCGCCGCCGCCCUCCUCAGCAGCUCGUGGCGGUGUGUCGGUGAGCGGUUGGGCUGCGCGCUGCGCCUGGCGGCCGCCCGCGCCGGCACCGAGCAGCCGGGCUCGGGGGAGAGCGGCGAGGCCGAGGCCGAGGCCUGGGGACGUUCAGAACUAGUCACUUUGGAACAGCCUCAAGACAGCAGUGUGGAAAAUGCAUGUGUGCUAUAUCUGCAAUGUUCUCCUCAGCAGCCAGCUGACAUAGUUUUCCUAGAGUUGGUGAGUGAAGCAAAAACUAUGGAGGUAUACACAGAACAAGAGUAUUGUGGAACAGCUCGAGGACAGAGAGUAGAUAAUCUACAGACGGACAGUGCUGAUGACGAUAUCCUAUUGUAUAAGAAAUAUUUCAAGUUGGAAUAUCCUGUCUCAUCUUGCGAAUUAAAGCUACUGUCAUUGGGUGGAAAGGAGAAAGUGCGAAUUGGUAAAAUAUUGCUGGGAGUGAAGCCAGCUUCAGUGAAGAUCUCGAGGGACUUUCCUCCGUUAGGAAAGAGUAUCAAUUUGGAACGAGUGCAAACAAUGAUGGAUUCAAUGGGAACAAAACUGUCACCUGGGGCUCAGCACCUCAUGAACAUGGUUCAGUUCCAGCAGAAGCAGAACCAGAUAGCAAUUGGAGGAUUAUUCCAGGGCAUUUUUGGAGGUGGAGCCUUAACACCAGUUGGAAAUGUAACUAAUUCACUUCGGAUGACCGAUGCACUUACAGAUGUGGCACCUUCCCAUGUCUCUGGCAAAGGAAACGCGGUGUUAAUACCAAAAAGCGAACAACCAAAGGAACCUAAAGGGAUAGUAAAGUGUGACAAUGAACCUAUUCAAAUAUAUGAGGGUAGUUCUCCAUCUUCUGAAACAAAUAGCAUUAACGAAACAUCCUGUGUUUCUGAAGACAGUGUGAAAGAUACAGAACCGAUAUUAAAUGGAGGAGACCUGAAAGGACUUGUGUCCACUUUUCUAUGCAAACAAGUCAAUGGGCAGCAAAAUGCUUUCAGUUCCGAAAUGCUUCCUUUUCUUCAGAACCUUUGUGGCCAGGUGAAUGAGCUUCGCCUCGAAGAGAAAGUCAAACGUACCAAAAAUACCACUCCAGCGACCGAGAAUGAGGGAAUGUCUGACAGGCAAAAUCAGCAGCCUUUUUGUUCAGCAUUGGAAAAGCACAUUAUUGAACACAUGGAGUCUAUGGAAAAGAGACUGAAGGAUUAUAUAGAUCAUCGAAUAAAUACAAUGCAAGCAGAUCUCGAUGCAAAGUUUGUUUCACUCACAGACCUGCUUCAGAGCCCUCCUCUGAAGAGAACUGCAACAAAAAACUAUGAACUGGUUAACAAUUUAACAAAUGGGGAACUUUAGUUUGUUCUUUUCUACAUCAGGAAUAGAUCGAAUGAAACUGGCUGGUUUCAACAGGCUGUAAAUGCAGUAUCUAAUACAGUAUAAAUAAGCACCACUGAAGAAAAAAAAUGUGGUGUAACAGUUAUAAUUUAUCUCUUGUAACUCAUUAUUUUUGCAAUUAAGUUGUGGUAUUUUUCUGUAUUAAUAUAUUUUGUAACCGUUAAUGUGCUAGAAGCUAGAUAUAACAUUGUAAAUUUGGGGGGACAAUUAUUUGAAUGUUAUUGGUUGGUAUUUUCCCAUAUUUCACGAAUGGGUACUGUUUGGCACUGAGGAUUCAGUGCUAGGAAUAGGGUCCGAAAUUCACUCUUUGAUCACAUUAAAAUUCCUUCCUUGAGUAUUCUGGAUUGAAAUGUAAAAGUCCAAAGUCAGAAUUUCUUGGCAUAUUUUUCAAAAGCACACACAAAAAACUUUAAAAAAAAGACUAUUGUCCAUGGACCUGUCAAUUUGGUUAAUUGUUAGAAUUCUGGUUAGCAGUUAGAGUAACUAAAACUUGGAAAUCUACACCCUGUUUUACAGUCAGUAUCGUAUGUCAUCUGCACCAGUGUAAUAGUAUAACCCGAUUAGAUGUGGUUUAAAAACCUCAUCUGUACAGAGCUCAAUAACAGUGUUAAAACACUGACGUUCCAAACAGAAACGGUAAUUAUCUUUGAAAAAUUAUUUAUGAGGCACUUCUCUGCUUUCUCUCCCCUGCUCCACAAAUGGUUCUAUUUAACUGUGCUGCCAAGAACAAUAUUUUACAUUCUGGUGUAUGUAUAAUUCCAUUUAAUGCUCAUUGCGAAGAAAUUCUGCUCACUUGCAAGUGGUUAUUUAGUGGGCAUUUAUACAAUUACGCUGUCAGAACUUGACGGGAGUUGGUAGAUUGAAUUUGAUAUACGUAAACCAAAUAUGAUGAGUCAUCCUGCAAAAUUGGUUACAUUUAUUAAGUUAAUACAUUUUAAAGUGUUGUUUCACAUACUUGUUCACAUACUGCAUUUAGAAGGGUAAUUGCAAGUCAUGUGAACUGCAUAGAACUACAAUAUGAUUGUAUUUAGCUUGUGGAAGCAAACAAAAUUAUAUGAAAGUGCAUAAAUUUGGGUGGAAUAUUUUUGUCUUAAGUUAUUAUGAUCUUUUGUUCAUUGUUUAUAUAAUUUUGUUUGUUUUGGGUGUGGUACUGGAGGUAUACCAGCAACAUACGUCACUGUAUUGAAAACAACAUUAUUUAAGGGUAUGAUUCAUCAAUGAAAUAUAAUAUGAAUGGCAAACUUUGACUGUUAAAGUAUAAGCCAGUACUUAUGAAAUGAACACAAGCUGCAUUGCGUUUUGAUAUGUGAUUGUACUGCGAGAGGUUUAAAUAUUGUACUGUGAGAGAUUUCAUCCUUCCAUUUACCCAAUAUAAUUUAUUGAAAAGAUUUAUUAAAGAAGUAUGAUUGCUUU